GUGAGUCACAAUCUGUGAGGUAGAAGUCAUACGGAUAUAUCUCUCCUUCAGUCUAUACCGACACAGCAGGUGACUACUUGGUCAGAACACUGCAGAGUUUGAAAGACCAGAAAAGAUGUCUACUUAUAGCAAACCUGGAAAUGAUGGCAAAAGCAAUACUCUGGGAUCGAUGAACAGGCAGAAUGUGAUACAGGAGACAAACAAGAGAAGGACCCUGCUAACCGACAAUAGCUGGAUCAAAAACCGACCAGAAGAGGAAGAGGAAAAGAUUAGAGACGAAAACUUUGGGAAAAGUGUCCUGAGCCGAUAUAAAUCACAGGACAACUUGGACAGCGGCACUGAAAAAGAUGAAAAGAAGCAGCCUAUACACAACAGAUUCAAGUCGGAUGAUGCUUUAGACAGAAUCCCAUCAAGAAAUACAUUUGAAGGAGGAAAUAAAGCAGCCACUCUGGAAAGAGUACCCAUGAGUGGGACAGAAGCCACCAAUAAAAGACAAUCCUGGGCUCCCAGUAACAAGACAACAACUACGACAACGACUACAGAGGAAUCCAAAAGAAAAUCCUGGGCUCCAACGAACAGGAACAGCACUACUACUACGACUACAACAAGAACAACAGAGUCUAGACAGGUUGUGCCAGGCAAACCAGAAGGGCAAAAAAUCACUAUUUUCUCAUCUGAUACCAGGACAACAGAUAUACAACCCAAAUCCAGCUUUAUUGAUAGUGCCAGAUCAAGGUUUGAGAAGAAUGAGGAAAAGCUCAGCCCGACCCCCUCACCCAGGAUUCAAAAUGUAGAUGAGAAGCCAAGGUUGCCUCCUAAAUCACCUACUGCCAAAACCGAUGACCGGCCUGCAUACCCCAGCAAGCCUGUCAAUCCAGAGGCUGGAGAAAGAAGAAGUGCAUUGGAAAGAAAGCAGAGAAGUCAAAAUAUAGAUAAUCUCAUUGAAGUUUCAACCUCAAAAGUUUCCAGCAAUAAAAGUACUCAAGACAUUGACAACCUUAUAGACAUCAAACCCACCACAGAGAAAGCAAAGAAAAGUACUCAAGACAUUGACAACCUUAUAGACAUCAAACCCACCACAGAGAAAGCAAAGAAAAGAGAACAGCUGGAUGACUUCAUUGAAAUAUCAAAUACGGCAAAGAACUUUCAAAAUAAGGAUGACCGUCUUGACAGCUUCAUUGAUAUUAAAAAGCCUGAUGUUAAAACUGGAACUAAAAAUAUUGAUAACUUAAUCGAUAUUAAAACUCCUACUGUGAAUAAAGGAACUAAAAAUAUUGAUAACUUAAUCGAUAUUAAAACUCCUACUGUGAAUAAAGGAAGUCUAGAUCUGGAUGACCUCAUUGCCAUAAGCAGAGAUGGAAAUAAAGGAACAGCCACGCCUGCUAGUAACAGUACUAAUAUCUCAAAUCGAAGUUCAACCACAACUACCACCACCUACAAUGUUAAGGAAGAAUUCAGCAAUGCACCAACCAGACGUUCCACCACAACCACUAGAGUUACAGAUGACCAGGAUAUGCCAAGCAGACGGUCAACCAGCUCCUCAACCUACAAAGUCACUGAUGAGAACUAUGAUAUCCCAACUCGACGCUCAACCUCAUCUUACAAGGACACCACUGAUGGACCAAACACUUCCUCAAAUGUAACCAUCACAAGCUAUUCAUCUCGUCCAAAUUCAUCUUAUGGAGAUGAAAGCAGGAACUCAUCCUCUAACACAUAUGGAAACAACCUUUUAUCAAAUUCAAUUAAAACUGUUUACUCUACAUCUGAUCGAUCUGUCAUUCAAAAGGAUUUUUGUACUUAUUGCCGCAAAUCACUUGGCAUUGAGGCUAAAAUGAUUCUGAAAGAAUUAAACAUUUGCUGUCAUGCAACAUGCUUCAAGUGUGAAGCAUGUUCUGGUUCCUUGGAAAAUCUCAAGGCUGGAGACAGUAUGUGGAUCUUGAAGCAGACUAUCCACUGUGAGCCUUGCUAUUUUGCCGCAAGAGAGAAAUGGAUCAUCUGAAUACAGAAUCUAAAACUCUAGAACAAGAGAUGAAAUAUGAAACAUGGAUUAAUAUAUACUUUUCAUAGCUUAUUUCAGACAACUUGGGGGUAUAUGGAGUAACACUUAAUGGCUAUGUACACCUUUGGGGGCAAUUUGUUUUUUAUUUUUGCAUUGUACUCCUUUUGAGCUAAAAAUCAUUUUUUUAAUUGGUCUCUAAUAAAAAUGUGCAGCUGUUUUCCCUGCACAGUAGUAGAGAGAUGUGAUUUUUCUCUCUGCUCCGUCAGACAGAGAGCUGACGGUCUCCUUAUGUGUGAUGUCUGACCUUAUAAACACUCAUUAUAGCUCAAUACUUAUCUAACUGAUAAGCAUGUGACUUCAAUAAAUGUUUAUGACCUUUUAGUAAUUUAGAGAUAAGGUUUAUUAGAUGACCAGCACAACGUGAAAGUGAAAGUACUAUUAACACAGCUCGACACAGUUUGUGAAAGAACGGCUCAAUAAACUGAGUAAAAUGCAAUCAUAAAAAAAAAUUCCCCCAAAGGUGCCUUAAAACUUAAAUUCAUAUUUAUAUAUAUAUUGGGCUUUAUGCAAUAAUAAAAUACUAUUGAAGUAGUGUUAAAGCCAGAAUAUCCUGUUGCCUCAUAGGCUGAACAAAACAAUGAGGGAAUUUUCGUCUAGCAAUAAACUUGAUAGGAUUACUAUGGUUUAGCCUACACAAUACAGAAUAAAUGGA